UCGUGCACUACGGUCAAUUCGGCCGCUAGGCCCUCGUGGUUCUCUCCGCUCGUGCAUUCCUAUGCUAUCUUUCUCAAUGCUGCUGCUCUCCUGCCCUGCUUACGCUGCAAGUGGUUGUCGCAACAACGUGGACGCAGCCAUCUGUGUUACCUUGGUUGGCGACAUUAUCCUUUGACACCUACGCUGCCCUUAAGGGGGAAAUAACAGCCAUGCCAGGUCGAAGGCCGUACCGGCAAGUCAUCGACGGUGUUCCGAGGUGCCCACUGGUUAAUCCGGCUAUAUUUCGGAAAAGUCUCUCUUUCCGCGCUACCAAGGGUGACGUUGUGCAGAGCACCUACCCAAAGAGUGGGUCUCAUUGGAUUCAGUACCUAACGCAGCUAAUACUGAACGGAGGAAAACACAUCAGCUCCUACGACGAGUUCACCGCAAACUUCCGGGCAAUCGAGUAUAUGGAUACUGAUGGCUGGGAGUCGCCUCUAUCUGUGAGACUGUUCAUGACGCAUCAGCCACUCAGGCGAGAGAUUAUGAACACGGACGCCAAGUACAUUUACAUCGCUCGAAACCCAUGGGACGUCUGCGUCUCGCAGUUUCAAAUGACCACAGAUCUCAGCAGCUCACAGUUCGAGGACGGCACAUUCGAAGAGUUCGUCGAACCCUUCAUCGAGGGAGACUUGGGCUACGGAAGCUACUUUGACCACGUGGCGUCUGCGUACGCCAUGAGAGACGAACCGAACGUAUUCUUCGUGACUUACGAAGAGCUCAAGCGCUACACUAAAGACACAAUUUUGCGACUGGCUAGCUUCUUCGGUGAGACAUACGAAAAGGCUCUGAUGGAAAACUCGCAAAGGCUGCAAAAUAUACUUCAAUGGUCCAAACCAGAACACAUGAGGAAAGUCAUCGUGUUUAAUCUCAAAGGCAACGAGACGGCGGAAUGGAACAAUCUCUUUGUCAGGAAUAAGAUUACGAGUAAAGAAGGCUACAAUGGAGACAAAGCAAAGUACGCGGUGGUAAAAGAGGCCAAAGUGGGAGGCUGGAAAGAAUACUUCACACCUGAAUUGCUCGCCCGUUUCGAGAAGAAAAUACAAGAAGAAGGGGAUCAGGCAUCGUUUAUGGAGCUGUGGGAACGCAUUCGAAAGGAGGCGUUCACAGUAUUCUGCCAAUCUGCGGUGUACCGGGACUCUUCCGUAUCUUAAUGCGUAGUUGCUAACGUGUAUUUCAAACACAGAUAUGAUGAACUGAACAGACGCCAGUUAUUUCUGCGAGGGGUUCUCCUUCUGAAAUAUUUAAUAACUUUGUUAGAAGUCGGCUCCUGUAAAUAGAAACCGCCUUGAAGCCUAGAGUCCCCUGGGCUCGCAAUCGAAGGUUUGCCUGAUUAGACAAAGCCUAUUUCUGAGGUUCUUAUUUAGAUUUGAGAAAUUAUACUAUGUAAAGCAUGCUUACAUGUGAAAGUCGUCGGUAAUUUUCAUUUGCUGUACUGCAGAAGACGUUCUGAGAUUAAACUAAUGAGUUAUAGUAAGUUUAUCAGUACCUCAUAACUCACAUUCACCUUUACUGACAGGAUUAAAGGCCCGCAAUAUCUGACACAGUUAGCAAACAACGGAAGGCAAACUGCGUUAGUAUAGUAUGCGCAGUUGCGUCUUUGUGUAUAGUCUGCAGGGCACACCACAGUGACGGGUAAAAGUUCUUGGCAGAAUAAUUAGGCUCCUAUUAAACCCCAGCGCAGCAAUUUUUAAUAAAGUGCGCUAGCUUCUCCCUCUACUCAUCGAAGCUAUGACUGUUGAAACGACCACAUUGGUAAGGCUAUAAAGGACACCAGCUUGUGGCCCACACAAGCACUGGCAUAUUCCUCCGAAAGUAAUUCAACAUACAGAAUAUGAAUUUUAACAAUUUUCAUACUGUAGGAAAUGACAAAUUUGGCGCCAAGCUUUAAACAAAUGUCGCACAGGCAAGUCAUGAUUUCAGUGAAUGCAACCGAAAAUAAACAGAAAGUCUCCAGAGGCCAUCUAGUGUCGAAGACUGCAACAGAAACAAAUUAACAGAUGCAUUCAUGAUCUGUGCACACUGCAAGUUUAUUUUGCUCAUAAUUACUAUGUUCGUCAGGAGCACAGAAAUGAAUAAUUAUUGAUAUGAUUUAGAGGACGUCCUCUAUAUGAUAUCAAUAUUUAUCAGCCCUAUCAAUAAUAGGUGUCAGUUGUACUACUGACACCUAUUUUUGAAAUUGUAGAAAAACUAUUCAAUUUAAUUCAAGUUUAUUUGCAUCUAUGCAUGUACUACAGGUGACAGGAGUACAUACAAAAAACCAAAUGAAUUCGGCUUGAGGUGUCUGUACCCCCAACAGAAAUGGCAGUGUGCACAAUAAAGAGAACACGACCCCUUUGUCGCACAAGACACUUAACAAGUACGAACGCUUGGAGAAACAUAACGUUACAGAAAAGUUGACAUCGAAACGCCGGACUUCACGUUAGCCACAUUAUCGUGACGUCAAAUACAUAGCAUAAUUUUGUGACGUCUUGUAGCGAGAAAGUCGGGUAUGGUGUUGCUGCUAAUAAAGAUAAUUCAGAGUACCGAUACGCGCGUUUCUACUGCACGGGUAUGCGUAUGGCGGCCACACCAAUUGCCGGAUCGCAGUGAGUCAACGAUUCGUGACGUGACGAUGCAUUUACUUCGUACUAAAAACUGCACAUGUCAAGAGCGAGCCACUUGUGCGUGUUAAGAAAUUGCUUGGGUUGCUGUAAUACAUGAUAGCAUAUUUUCCAAGGUUUACAUCAGAGGUCUCCACACUACACCUCCGCUAUUCCCCAAACGAGCCUCUGCGGACAAGAUCCGGCACGCGGAGGACUCCUGACUGGCCUGCGGCCGGUGAUAGCCCUUCCUACGUCGGUGGGCCAUUUUUACCCGCAAAGCCCCUCCGGCGCUCUGGCCCAAGAGCAAGGCUUUUCCGGAAAACCUUACCCUAUUACGCCUCUUCCUGGGACGCGGCUUCACUGCACUUACGAGAUCAUGCCAUGGCGAGGCCUCACUCGGCGCAGCGCCGCACAAUCAGGAGCCUGAUGUAACCAUCGCGUGAGGACCACGUGAUGCUCCGAUAGGCCAGUGCAGCGUGGUCAAGUCCCAUGCCUCAGGUCAAAACAAUGACCAGAGUUUGCUCGACUUCGCCAAGUCGCACUAAGUCGAGGGAGCUUUUCACCCGCGAAAAUUUAGCAUGUAACUGGCUCUAUAUAGUAAAAAUUCCCUUUUUUUGGUCCACAGAAU